CGCAUUACCAAUCAUUUACCAUCCGGGCAGAUAAAUGAAAGAUUGUUCCUGGAAAGGUCCGCGGAGACUUACCCUUAUUCCUAGGAUCAGGACAGGACCAUUCCGAAGUCGUGUACAUACAUACUCAUCGCGAAUUGACUGACAUAUUACUACUACCGCAUACUUCUCGUGAACGAACCCCGAAUACCCUCACCACCAUCACCAAGUACUACUACGUACACCAAACACAAUGUCAGAUUCGAAUAACCCUGGGCUAGACACCCAAAAACACCUCUUCAUUUAUCAACAGCAACAAGCCACAGCCUCCUCCUCUUCCACUCAACAACCAUCAACACCAGCAUCCACGAAAGAUGACUCCGUCCCCGCGGGGAUGACCAAACUCCCCAACGGCGUCAUCCUCGACAAAGACGGGAAACCAUGCCGUCUCUGCACCUCCGCUGCCUCCUGGCGCGCCCUCACCAAACAAGCCAAAUCCACCCCCACCACUACCGCCGCCGCCAGCACCCCCUCCUCCACCACCCCAACAACAGGAUCAUACACCGACUGUCCCCCAGACUCCGAAGCCCUGGGCCGCUCAACCUGGACCUUCCUCCACUCCCUCACAGCGUCGUACCCGGUGCGGGCCUCCAACGAACAACAAUCCGAGAUGCGGACGUUCCUAGGGAUCUUUUCGCGGUUGUAUCCGUGCUGGGUAUGCGCUGAUGACUUCCGGAAUUGGAUGGCGGAGCCGAGCGGGGCGAAUGAGCCGCGGUUGAAUGGGCGUCAGGAGUUCGGGGAUUGGAUGUGUAGGGCGCAUAAUGAGGUGAAUCGGAAACUGGGGAAGAAGGAAUUCGAUUGUCGGCUUUGGGAGGAGAGGUGGCGUACCGGGUGGAAGGAUGGGAGGUGUGAUUGAUCUCGCUAUUUAUGUGGGAGAUAUGGGGGGUUGUAUGAAUAUGUUUAGAUGUAGUAGAUAUAGAUUAUGAUUCUUGGGGAGGGAAGGGGUGUACUUGUACGUAUUAUGGGAGUGAUGGAUGGUGGUAAUAGGUGGUGUUGCUGUAUAUAACACUGAGAUAUCUACUCUGCAUUUUGGCUUCAUCAAGC